AUGGCUCAUAUAAAAGAUGGGGAGCUCAAUGCCGUUCGGUCGACGGAUGAGUACGGAGCUCAAGGCGGAUGCCGAGACCGAGAGAUAGAUGAUGAGGUCUUCUCCGGGAAGAGGGGUGGACAACAAAUGAGCUCUGCUCAUGUAGGCUUUUAG